UUGGUUGCUAAUUCAGAAUAUCAAAAUAAAGGUGGUAACAAUAGUAGUGUUGAUGAUAGUAGUUUAGAUAAAAGUGAUAAAAAUAGAAGUAAAUAUAAAAGUGAUGAAAAUAGAAGUAAAUAUGAAAGUGGCAAAAAUAGAAGCAAAUAUAAAAGCAAUGAUAAAAGUGAUAAAAGUAUAAAUAAAUAUAAUAAAGAUAAAAAUAAUAACAGCAAAGAUAAAAAUGAAAAUGAAAAUGAAAAUUAUAUUUGA